GCGCCAGAGCUUCACCGUUCGAGACCGGAUCGAGAUGAGUAUCGUGAAGGCAGCGCUCCUUGUCCUCGGCGUCGUUUGUGUCUCCACGGCCUUUCCCGGGGUCUGGAGGAAACACCAUCCGGACGUUGACCCCCGCUACAGGGAGUGGGCCCACUUCGCCAUCUCUUCCCAGGUCGAGGGCAAGACCAACUACGACACGCUCAUGACGCUCAUCAGCGUCGAGUCUCAGGUAAUUGCGGGUGUGGACUACAAGCUCAAGAUGAAGGUUGCCGAAUCCUACUGCGUGAUUGGAGUGGACUCGUACAGCAGGGAGCGUUGCUACCUCAAGGUUGACGUUCCUUACAUGCUGUGCACAGCCGUGGUCAACUAUAUGCCCUGGGAGCACAGAACCAGCCUCAAGUCAUACGACUGCAGCGACCGUGUCUACGGUGUGAAGCGAGCUGAAUGAUUGGCGUGAACCAAUGCAGAGAGCAAGUCGUCUGCUUCUUGUUCAGGAAUUGCGUUGACGUCAGAGUGACGCCAAACUCUGAUUGGCUUUGGUUGAAAGGAUAGUGGGUAGACAUUAACGCUAGAUGCCUCGAGGUGUACCCACUAUUUUUUUUUUCAAUCAGCCAAUAAGAGCUUGGUGUCAUUCUGACGUCACCACAACCCGUGUGCAAGAAGCAGACGAACUUGUCCUCCGCAGAACACCUAGAAGACGAGGUCCGGUUCUUUUACACCCCGAAACGUCACCACUGGUGGAUCCUCGCAGCACCGCUUAGUUUGCGUCAGCAUCCCCACCAGCGUCUCUUGCAGCGUCUCGCAAAGAACGCGACGCUCCCAGGCGGCGACGCAAAGUCGAGUUUUAGCGUGUUUGUCGCUUGGGGCGAGUCGGGGAUCUAUUAAUGAUGACAUCAUUGGCAGGCCUCGUCUUCGAGGUGGUAUUGCAAGCACGCUUUCAUUUGUCACCUCUAUAUUGGAGACACCGAGGAAAGUAAAUAAAAUGUCCUUUCUGAAAAGAA